UGUAAAUUAAAUUAAUCAAAGGCCUGACAUCAAUAAAAGUAGAAGUAAAUAUAUUGAUAAUUUUCUGGCAUGGGUAUUUUCAAAGAUAUAUUGGCGCAUUUCCCUCGUGGCGGUCUUUCCUAUGUAUUUGCCUAUGGUAGUGGUGUGAAAAAGCAAAUUGGUUAUGAAGAAGUUGCUCAACAGAAGAACAAUGUCAUUGACCUAAUAUUCUGUGUGCGUGAUCCCCUUGGUUGGCAUGCUGAGAAUAUCGAUCGUCAGGAAAGCCACUAUUCUUUGCUCCGCCUAAUGGGUCCCCGUUUCAUUAUGAAAUACCAAGAGCAUCUGGGCGCCCGUGUAUACUUCAAUACAUUGGUACCCUUGGACGAUAUUCAAGUAACCAUAAAAUACGGGGUCGUUUCACGUGAACACUUGCUGGACGACUUGUUGAAUUGGCGGUAUUUGUAUCUUGCUGGCCGGCUCCAAAAACCCAUCUGCGAGUUGGUACCCACGAAUGGCGACGACCAAUUAAAAGAGGCUUUAAUGAUGAAUUUAUACAGCGCAUUUCAAGUAGCACUGCUACUGCUACCAGAGCGUUUCACAUCUUACCAACUCUUUCAUACAAUUUCCAGUCUAAGUUACAAGGGUGAUUUUCGAAUGAUAUUUGGCGAGAAUAAGCAAAAGGUUCGGAAUAUAGUAUUGGCACAGGAGAAAGAUUUCUUAGAACUCUACUCUCCCGCAUUGCAAAAAUUUACCAAUUACGUUGCAGCAGAUUUCAAUGCCUCAGAAAUCGGGACCGGCAAAAAAAUUAUACAGUUUGAACAGGACAAGUCGUCGCUGGCUAAAAUGUAUCACCUACGCAACGCACCCAAUGAACUACAAAAGCGUCUUGUGCAAAAUUCCGCCUUUAGGGGUGAUUACAUGAAAAUUGUUCCACACUUAGCAGAUGCUCACAAUCUUCUCGAACUUGUGCAAACUUCAGUGAAUGAUAUAGUAUGGCGCAGCAGCAUAACGCAGUCGAUAAAAAAUAUAGCCAGCGCAGGAUUGUUCAAAUCAUUAGUUUAUAGCUAUAAAAAGGCGCUUAAAACCUUUUCAUAAUUGUGGAAGAAUGAUUCAGUGAA